CGGGGUCCGUGUCAUAAACCUGGGACACCAGACCUGUGCCAGAGGUGCUUCGUCUCGUCUCUGUUAAUGUGGUGAGAUAGGAUUCCGCACAGAGGGGAGGGGCUCGUCCAUAACAUCAGCGGAAUAGCCACGUGUACAGGAUUAACAACAUCCAUCGCAACAAGCUGAGCAAUACUGUCUGUUUGCAUGCCAUGCAUAGCAGCUAGGGCAGAGCUCCGAUCAAGCACAGCAGUACCUGCCUACGCGCCUGCGCCAUUGAGGACGCGUUAAACAGGAGGUGGCAGCACACAGCAACUACUGCUUUGACUCAUCUGCAAAAACAGCUUUACCAGGCAGUACACAGUAAUCAAAAUAUAGUUGAGGAUCUCCUCCGUGCAGCAGAGCAACAAUGAUCUUAGGAAAAGCACUGCUUAUCCGGCUGGGCUCAGUCUACCUGGCCCUGCUGUUAAUCUUUCUGAUGAUGGAUGUCAAUGCAAGGCCAGCCAAUAUGUCAGCUCAUAAAGACAAAUCCCCGAACAGCAAGGAGGAGAACGAGAUCCUGCCUCCGGACCACUUGAAUGGGUUGAAGAUGGAGAUGGACGGUCACCUGAAUAAAGAUUUCCACCAGGAAGUCUUUCUGGGUAAAGACUUGGAGGAAUUUGAAGAAGAUUCAGAGCCCAGGAAAAACAGGAAGAAACUGAAAGACAUUUUCUCCAAGGUGGAUAUCAAUAAGGAUAAGAGUGUCAGUGCCAAGGAGAUGCAGCGAUGGAUCAUGGAGAAGACUGAGGAGCAUUUCCAGGAGGCGGUGAAGGAGAACAAACUGAACUUUAGAGCUGUUGACCCUGAUGGUGAUGGCCAUGUUGCUUGGGAUGAAUAUCGAAUCAAGUUUUUGGCGAGCAAAGGAUUCAACGAGAAGGAGGUUGUGGAAAAGAUAAAAAACAACGAAGAGCUGAAAAUUGAUGAAGAAACCCAGGAGGUUCUGGAGAACCUGAAGGACCGCUGGUUUCAGGCAGAUAAUCCCCCUGCUGACCAGCUGCUGAAUGAGGAGGAGUUCCUGUCGUUCCUGCAUCCCGAGCACAGCCGCGGCAUGCUGAAGUUCAUGGUGAAAGAGAUUGUCCGGGACUUGGAUCAAGAUGGAGACAAAAAAUUGACCCUUUCAGAGUUCAUUUCACUGCCUGUGGGCACAGUGGAGAACCAGCAGGCCCAGGAUAUUGAUGAUGACUGGGUCCGGGAGAGGAGGAAGGAAUUUCAGGAAGUCAUUGAUGCUAACCAUGAUGGGAUUGUCACGGAGGAGGAAUUGGAGGAAUACAUGGACCCGAUGAAUGAAUACAAUGCCCUGAACGAAGCAAAGCAAAUGAUUGCAGUGGCUGAUGAGAAUCAAAACCAUAACCUGGAGCUGGAGGAGAUCCUGAAAUACAGUGAAUACUUCACUGGGAGCAAGCUGAUGGACUACGCUCGCAAUGUGCACGAGGAGUUCUAACAUCGCACUCAUUGCUGCCAUUGCCAAGCACUAUCUAGCUUGUUUUUGUUAAGGCUUAUAUUGAACAUUUAAUUGCUGCUGCUGCUGCUGCUGCUGUGUGCUCGUGUGUAAACUACAGAAUACAUGCCCCUACACAGAUUACUUCUUAAUCUCGUCACAGUGGAGCAACAAGACGUGUGGCUAAAUCAGAUGUUUGACAGAGUAAAUCAACAGGUUCCAUUUGUUUCUUUAAACAGUAUUUAAACAUCAAGUAGGUUUGAGGCUUUAUAAGGUAAUUCAGAAAGAUUCAGAAAUACUAAAAGAAACUUAAUAAAACCAGUGACAGGUGUUUCAGUUAGAAGUCUUUGUCAUUUAAUGCAUUUAUUUUUGUGUUUCUGUAUCUAGUGCUAUUGAGUGUUUAAUGGUCAUGGAUAAUUGGGGAAUGAAGCUCUAGUUUACGAAACCCCUGGAUGAUACGAUCUUGGUUUCAAAGCUGUUCAGAAGCCAUCGAGGGAGGAGGGGGGCCUUGUUUUUAUUGGUAUUUUACAUAAAUUGAAUGGCAAACAUUUCAAAAACAUUAAUGAUUUAAAAACAAAAAAAACAAAGAGUUAAAUAAGGGUUAUUCUCAUUUUAAUGGCAAAUGUCUUUUAAUAUCUUAUUUAAAAGGUGUAGUGCCCCACGUGGUUUUAAAAAUAUAUAUAUUUUUACAGGUUCUGAGAGAAUCCGCUUUUGCUUCACUGCAACAAAUACCAUCUUGAAUUUGUAUUGAUAAUUGGUUUCAUCAGUGUACACUAGAUGGCAUACCUGUUUGAUGUGUUAAGUGCUGAAGGUGUGAAGAAAGUAUUUGAAUGCAGUCUAUUCUUAAAAACUCAGGGGAUUCGCAGUAAGGGGCGACUGAACAGUUUUAUUAUGUUGAAUAAAAACGUCCAUUUCUGUUAACAGCCUCUAAUAGCACACACGUGUAUGAAAUUAGCAACUGCAGUGGUGUACAGGUCAUUAACCACUAUAUUUAAACCACUGACUGGAUUUCAUUUCUGCAAUUGACUACAUAAGGUUUUAAAGGAGAAGUUGCCAACAUUUUCUUUUACCGUUUGCUCUGAAGUUAUUUAAGGAUCCCACUCGACUGGGUUUCUGGUAAAAGGAUCCUAUCUUAAACAAACCCUGUCACUUUCAGUCUUUGUUGCUGCUGCACUAUUACUAGGGUUUAGGCUUUUCAGUUUAAUGUGAACCACACAUGAAGAUGAAUGAUUUAUCAGCAAAGAGUAAAUGUAUAUUUUAUAUUCAAUAAAAACUGGAAUAAGACAGUGCACAGUUAAACAAGUUAGAUAUAUUUGGUUUAGUCUGACAGUCUAAUUGGUACUGUCACAUAUCUUGCUAAAAAAUAAAGUGCUUUCAAUGCAACAAUUUUUCAAUUACUACAGGAACAUGCUUUCAUACAUUAGAACAUCAAACACGUUGCUAUCUAUUCUAAUACUGCACUUUUGUAAGGUGGGGGUUGUUAAAAAGCUAAACAUGUAUGCUUUUGUUUCACGUGCUACAGCAAUCUUUGGGUUACUUUGAUUACCUUCUGUAUUCUAGGAUAUUGAUUUUGUCAAGGAAUAGCUACACACUGCAACUCAAUCAAUGCCAUUCCAUUGAUUUUUAAUAGUAAAAUAUUGUAGCGCUGGGGCUCUGUUCUAUAAUCCUCUAGAAUUGCUGUCAACUAGGUCUUUGUGUUGUCACUCCAGUAGCUGUGAGUUUGUAUGAAGCAUACAAUGUGGGUAGGAUCCCUCCACUGGCUGAGAGUGUAUGAAGCAUAGGGUGGGUAGGAUCCCUCCACUGGUUAUGAAUGUGUUUGCAUACGGUUUGGGUAGGAUCUUUCCACUGGGUAUGAGUGUAUGAAGCAUACAGUGUGGGUGUGGGUAGGAUCCUUUUAUCUGUAACACAGUAAGUUGGAUAAAGUGGUGGAAUAUCCUUAAAAAAUAAAUAAAACAAAUGACCUUCAUAAACCAUGAAGGGGCUUUUGUGACUAUCUGCUUAGAAAAAGGGGGACAAUGCGUCUCUAAAAUCUUGUUAGCCUCAAGUGCAGUGCUGACUGCAGUCAAAUAUGUACAUUUGCAAAAUCUUUACAUGUAAUAUAUGGUUUGGAUGAGAUGUUCAGCAUAUACAAUAAACAACAUUAUUACUGCUGUCUUGCAAA